AUGGAGAUCGGGUUGACGGUAAUAAUCUGUUUUACGCUAAUUGCUGGCUUGAAAGCAGAGCAUGAAUGCGGUAAUGUUCCUGAUACAUCGAAGUACACCUGUCCGGUGGGUGAGAAUAACCCCGUAGUGAGCAACGAAUGUAGCGGUAAAGACCUUACUACGUUCCAAGUAAGUUCUUGCGUUUCCGUAACUGUAAACAAAAUUGAAAACGGACAUCCAAACAAAGUGACCUCGCUCAGAGUGGAAAACGUGACAAACGAAUUGCAUCUGGAAGUGUAUUUUGAAGAUAAUAUAACGUCCAUAGAACUCUUGAACAUCGGUAGGAUACCGAAAAUCAAAGACGUAUAUUUCGGAAAUGUCCAAAGAAUAGAUAACUUUCGUAUAGAAAAUACGAGAAUCGGAUAUUUAGAUCUGCCCUUCAAUAUGUUUACCAAAACGAUGAAAUUAAUUCUGAAAAACGUGGUGAUCGAGGAAUUGAGUACCCUGGAAAUUGAAAACGCCAAGGAACUUGACGUAACGAUUAUCAACUGUCAGAUAAAGAUCAACGGAGGUCAUGCUUAUCUCAAAGCCACUAACAAAGAACGUGCAUCCAUCAAACUAAUAAACACAACCUUCGAGUUCAACACUCCCGAAGUGAUGAAUCUAACAAUAAUAGGAAAAAGCGUCGAGAUAUCGCAUUGCACAUUUGUCCGCACCUUCGUGAACGUCAUCGGCGAGAAAAGCGUGAUACGUAACACGUACGGCGGAGAGAAGAGUUCCUUGAGAAUCGAAUCUUACAAAACCGAGGUCCAUGACAACCAAAUAUCCACUGAGACUAUCGAACGUGCCCCCGAAAUAAUCUCUAGCCCGCCAGUCGACGAAGUGAAAAAUACUACAGGAGCAGGCACCAGAAUUAGCCACAGCUUGUCUUUAUGUCUCAUCGGCGUCUCGUCCAUUUUCAUAAUCAGGAUGUAA